AUGUCGGACGACACUGAGACUAACGAUGUCCCUAAGGACGCGUCGCGCGACAUGCAGCAGCAGAGUCGCGCUCUAGAUUCCAUCACCGACCAUGUGGAGGAGCGACAACUAGAUUCGCGCCGAGUCCAAGAGGCCAUGGCGUCGAUCGCGGCGUCAUCUGCGGCGGACAGGGAUGCUCAACGCGCCAGGGAAAAGGAGCUGGCUGCAGUGAAGAUAGACUCAGUACACAUUGAUGUGAUUGCUUCAGAAAUGGAGGACGGGCUAGACUCGCUCGGGGAGGGUCUCUCCAGCCUCUCCCUCGGGAAUGCCGCGCUGGGUGGGGGGAGGGCGGCGGCAAGCGCUCAGCGCGCAGCCAACUGGAAGGCCACCGGGAUUAUCGCCCUCAGGGACGCGCACUUGAAGUCCAUCCCUGAUGCAGUCUUUGAGGCAGCAGGCUCAGCACGCACUCUAGACGCGUCCAACAACAGAAUAGUUGAGAUACCCGAAGCAAUCGGACGGCUGACAUCGCUGCAGCGGCUGGUUCUCCCCACCAAUCGCAUCGAGCGCCUGCCUGCUUCCAUUGGCCUGCUCUCCUCCCUCAAGGCCCUUCAGCUGGAGAACAACCGAUUGACAGAGCUGCCAAAUGAAAUCGGCUCGCUGUCUCGCUUGGAGCGCCUAUCCCUCGCCACCAACAAGCUGCAACAUCUGCCAGACUCCAUCGGCCAGCUCUCAGCGUUGAUCACUCUAGAUGUCUCUUCCAACUGUCUCUCCAGUCUCCCACCAACCCCUCCCCCCCACGCCCCCUCCCGCCUUUCCUGUCCCUCCAUUGCCCUCUCUCCCCUCUCUCCCAACAAUCCCCCAUCGCAGCUGGUCACACUAGACACAACCGCAUCGCAGGUCUCCCCCCUUCGGUGGUACAACUCUCUGACCUCCGCACUCUCGCCCUCGAUAAUAACCGACUCACUGAUGUACGUUAUGUUCCGAACCGACUUGCCACUAUCAAAUGGUACAAAUGCUGCUCUCUCUGCUUUUGAGUCAACCCUCCUCCCUCCUCCCUCCUCCCUCCUCCCUCCUCCUCCUCCCUCCUCCCUCCUCCCUCCUCCCUCCCUCCUCCUCCCUCCUCCCUCCUCCCUCCUCCCUCCUCCCUCCUCCCUCCUCCCUCCUCCCUCCUCCCUCCUCCCUCCUCCCUCCUCCCUCCUCCCUCCUCCCUCCUCCCUCCUCCCUCCUCCCUCCUCCCUCCUCCCUCCUCCCUCCUCCCUCCUCCCUCCUCCCUCCUCCCUCCUCCCUCCUCCCUCCUCCCUCCUCCCUCCUCCCUCCUCCCUCCUCCCUCCUCCCUCCUCCCUCCUCCCUCCUCCCUCCUCCCUCCUCCCUCCUCCCUCCUCCCUCCUCCCUCCUCCCUCCUCCCUCCUCCCUCCUCCCUCCUCCCUCCUCCCUCCUCCCUCCUCCCUCCUCCCACCCCUCCUCACCCCCUCCUCACCCCCACGUUCCUUCCCUCCCCUUCCCCCACAUUGCAACGUGUCCUUCCCUACAUCCACACAGCUCCCAGCACAGCUUUUAGUUAAGUGUCAGCGGCUACACACGGUUACCCUACGGGGCAACGCGGUUACACUGGAGCAGUUUGAACUGAUGGAGGGGUACAAUGAGUUUGAGGAGAGGCGGAAAAUCAAAGUGGACAAACGCAUUGCUGCCAAUGUGUUGCUGAACGACCAGAGCUUGGAUAUAGGGAUUGAUCGCACAUGA